AUGUUCAUAGCAUUAGUCCAUAAUCAUAGACAACUAGAUUCAAUUCAAAAGUUUCAUUAUCUGAAAUCCGCACUGUCAGGCUCUGCCGCUCAAGAACCCGUUGACAAAUGGAAUACGCUCAUAAUUUAUCUGAUUACGAGCAAAUUGGAUUCUACUACGAAGAAGGAAUGGGAGCUGAAAGUGACUGAGGAGAGGUUAUCAACGAUUAAGCAAUUAAUGGACUUUCUUGAUACGCGAUGCCAGUUUCUUGAAAUGCAUCAUCCAGUGCAAGGAAAGGUUUCGACUCAAAAGUCAAAUCAGGUUAAAGCGAACAAGAGUCAAGGUACAAGUUUGGCGCACAUUGCGACAAGUGAAGCAGUCGAGUGUGCUCUUUGUAAGCAGGCGCAUCGAAUACAUGCAUGCAAAAUCUUUAAAGAGUUCUCCUUAGAUUCGCGGCGUAACGAAGUCAAAAGAUUAAAUCUGUGUUACAACUGUUUAGCAUCGAAUCACGUAGUACAAAAAUGCAGCACCUCUCGCGUGUGCACGCACUGCCCAAAGAGACAUCACACACUGCUUCACACGGAUGAGCGAGUCAGUAUGUCUGUCAAAGAAUCAAAUAUGUCAAACGAUAGUGCGGAUAAGUCAAGCGAGACGAAUAAGCAAGCGUGCGAAAAAACGGUCGCAGCUUCCGUGGCCAUGACAUCGAGUGGGCCUAGCCAAAUUAGCUCGGAGGUUCUUUUGUCGACAGCAAUAGUUCACAUCCGGGAUAGUGAAGGCAAAUGGCACAAGGCACUCGCUUUAUUGGAUAACGGAUCGCAAUCAAAUUUUGUAACUAAAUCUCUGUGUAAACGGUUGAAACUUAACGUUAAUACAAUUAAACAUACCAUUUCAUGUCUUAAUGUUUUUGAAACACCAAUCGUCGAAACGACUCAGACUAAUAUAGCAUCCAUGACGACAACAUACGAAACAGACGUUAACCUUCUCGUCGUCAAUCAAAUCACGCGGUCCAUUCCAACCAAACCUAUAAGUACAAAAUCCUUGAGUCUUCCUCAAUGCAUUGACUUAGCAGAUCCAACAUUCUACAAACCACAAGCUGUUGACUUGCUAUUGGGAGCAACGAUCUUCUGGGACAUCCUCGAAACCGAAAGGAUUCAGUUGAGAGCUAGACAACCCAUGUUACAGUCGACAAAGCUGGGAUGGAUAUUAUGCGGACAAGUUGGAUCACCAAACGGUUCGCAAUCUCACAACAAGUUGGUAAUCUGUGGACUUGUUCGUAACGACGAACUUCACACGCAAGUGGAAAAAUUCUGGCAUAUAGAAGACAUGCCAGAAACGAAGAUCUUCAAAGAAGAGUUCAAAUGCGAGGAAUUGUUUCAAACGGAACAUAAACGAACGGCUGACGGCAGGUUCGAAGUAGCAUUACCGUUCCGUGAAGACCCAUGCGUUCUGGGAGAGUCAAAGGUCGGUGCACUCAAGCGACUGCAACACUUGGAACGUAAAUUUAAAAGGGAUCCUCAACUACAAGAAAAAUACGUCAACUUUAUGGACGAAUAUAUCAAACUCGGUCACAUGUCAGCGCUGCCGGACGCAGAAAGCACGGAAGUAAAUUAUCUACCGCAUCACUCAGUACUCAAGGAGGAAUCAGUGUCGACGAAACUCCGAGUAGUUUUCGACGCUUCUAGUCCUACUACCACCGGGAAAUCCUUAAACGACUGCCUAAUGAUAGGACCUACCAUUCAAACGGAGUUGUUUGAAAUAUUGUUGCGGUUUCGACAGCAUCCUUACGUAUUAAUAGGCGAUAUCGUUAAGAUGUACCGGCAGAUCAUGAUUCAGCCAGAGCAUCGACGAUACCAAUGCAUUCUUUGGAGAGCACGUCCUGAAGAGCCCGUAACGACAUUCAGCUUAAACACGGUUACGUACUGA